CGCCAUCACUUCCUGUUGUGGGCAGUCGUUUCCUGUCAGCGCUAGGUAACAAUGGGGAAGGUAAUGGCUGCUUGAGCUACGUCUUAGAACGGGCGCUGGGCUAGAGGCGGGUCUCUACCAAAGGUUCGGAGGCGGGCUAGAGAGCCGCGGAGGCAGUGGCACGGCGGAGCCUCGGUGGCAGCGGCGGCGUCCAGCGAGUUCGCUCUCGGUCGGAAUCCCCGAAGCAGAGUGAAGAAAACUAAAUCCCAGUUUAUUGGAUUUCAGUACUAUGUCAUAACAGACAGAUAAUUUUCCACUUGUUCGUCAAGAUGGAAAACUCCGAUUCUAACGAUAAAGGAAAUGAUCAAUCUGCAGCACAGCGCAGAAGUCAGAUGGACCGAUUGGAUAGGGAAGAAGCUUUCUAUCAAUUUGUAAAUAAUCUGAGUGAAGAAGAUUAUAGACUUAUGAGAGACAACAAUUUGCUAGGCACUCCAGGAGAAAGUACUGAGGAGGAGUUGCUCAGAAGACUACAACAAAUUAAAGAGGGCCCACCACCACAGAGCUCAGAUGAAAAUAGAGGUGGAGACUCUUCCGAUGACAUGGCCAAUGGUGACUCCAUAAUAGAUUGGCUUAACUCUGUCAGACAGACUGGCAACACAACAAGAAGUGGCCAGAGAGGAAAUCAGUCCUGGAGAGCAGUGAGCCGAACGAACCCAAACAGUGGAGACUUCAGAUUCAGUCUAGAGAUAAAUGUUAACCGUAAUAAUGGAAGCCAAACCCCAGAGAAUGAAAAUGAACCAUCUGCUAGACGUCUUAGUGUAGAAAACAUGGAACACAGCAGCCAAAGGCAAAUAGAAAAUCCAACAUCUGAGGCAUCAUCUGGCAGAUCAUCUAGGUCAGAGCGCAAUUUAACCGAAGCAUUAAUAGAAGUGCCAUCCACCAGAGGUCAGAGGAGGGCAAGAAGCCGGAGCCCGGAACACCGGAGAACCAGAGCUAGAGCUGAAAGAAGUAGGUCACCUCUGCACCCAACAAGUGAAAUUCCACGAAGAGCUCAUCAUAGUAUCUCAUCGCAGACUUUUGAGCACCCUUUGGUAAAUGAGAUUGAGGGAAGUUCUAGAACCCGUCACCAUGUGACCCUGAGACAGCAGAUAACUGGACCUGAGUUACUAGGUAGAGGUCUUUUUGCAGCUUCUGGGUCAAGAAAUGCUGUUCAGGGAACAAGUUCUUCAGACACAGGUACCAAUGGUGAAUCUGCAGGAUCUGGUCAAAGACCUCCGACCAUAGUCCUUGAUCUUCAAGUAAGAAGAGUUCGUCCGGGAGAAUACCGGCAGAGAGAUAGCAUAGCUAGCAGAACUCGGUCAAGGUCUCAGACACCAAACAAUACAGUCACUUAUGAAAGUGAGCGCGGAGGUUUUAGGCGCACCUUUUCACGUUCUGAGCGUGCAGGUGUGAGAACCUAUGUCAGUACCAUCAGGAUUCCCAUUCGCAGAAUCUUAAAUACUGGUUUAAGUGAAACGACAUCUGUUGCAAUUCAAACCAUGUUAAGGCAGAUAAUGACAGGUUUUGGUGAGCUAAGCUACUUUAUGUAUAGUGACAGUGACUCAGAGCCUAGUGCCUCAGUCUCCGGUCGAAAUUUGGAGAGAGGAGAGUCACGGAGUGGAAGAGGGAGCUCUGGUGGAAACAGCUCUGGUUCCGGGUCCAGCUCUAGCCCUAGCCCCAGUUCCAGUGGUGAAAGUUCAGAAAGUAGCUCAGAGAUGUUCGAAGGCAGUAGUAAUGAAGGAGGCUCCUCUGGCCCAGCAGGCGCCAGGAGAGAUGGUCGACAUAGGGCCCCAGUUGCAUUCGAUGAAAGUGGUUCUUUGCCAUUCCUUAGUCUGGCUCAGUUCUUCCUCUUAAAUGAGGAUGACGACGACCAACCUAGAGGACUCACCAAAGAACAGAUUGAUAACUUGGCAAUGAGAAGUUUUGGUGAAAAUGAUGCAUUGAAAACAUGUAGUGUUUGCAUUACAGAAUACACAGAAGGCAACAAACUUCGUAAACUACCUUGCUCCCAUGAAUACCACGUCCACUGCAUCGACCGCUGGCUGUCGGAGAAUUCCACCUGUCCCAUAUGUCGCAGGGCAGUCUUGUCUUCUGGGAACAGAGAAAGUGUUGUGUAAUGAGAACAGAACUCUGAGCUGUGGAGCUGGGAUAGUGAUGGGCAAACAAAUUACUUGCUUUAUGUCCACUUUUUUUGAGUGGUGCUUAAAUAUAAAGUCAUAACCUGAA